AUUACAUAUGAAUGCUAAACUUACAUCAAAAAAGCUGUGGCUUCUAAAAUCAGUCAAUCUUUUAUCAGUAUUUCUGACAACAAUCCAUUUGACCUCAUUACUGAGCAUAUCUUUUUGCAAUUGAUGUUUCUUUUUAUUAGGUCCCCAGAUCUCAAUGCUCUGACAGUUGUGUCCCCGGCUUCAGAAAGGCCCCAAAGUCUGGAAUGUUUACCUGCUGCUAUGACUGUAUCUGGUGUCCUGAGGGAGAGAUCUCCAACACAACUGACAGUGACAUUUGCAUCCCAUGCCCAAAAAUGGAAUGGUCCAACGAGGAAAGGAGUCAAUGUAUUGCAAAAGUUGAAGAUUUUUUAUCAUAUACCAAUGUUAUGUCUGUAUUUUUCUCGGCUACCACAGCUUUAUUUUUUCUUAUAUCUCUGUUGAUACUGGGAGUUUUUAUUAUACACAGGGAAACCCCCAUAGUGAGAGCCAACAACAGAAGUCUCAGCUUCCUCCUCCUUGUCUCCAUCAAGCUGAGCUUCCUCAGUGUGUUUCUGUUCCUCGGUCGCCCUGUGGAUAUAACCUGCAUGUUGCGUAACAUCACUUUUGGAAUCACCUUCUCCAUAGCUGUCUCUUCUCUCCUGGCCAAGACUAUCAUGGUUUGUGUUGCUUUCAAAGCCACCAAGCCAGGGAGCUCAUGGAGAAAAUGGGUGGGAGUCAAACUGUCCAAUUCUGUAGUCUUGUUCUGCUCAUCCAUUCAAUUAAUAAUCUGCAUGACUUGGUUGGCCAUUUCUCCUCCCUUUCAGGAACUGGACCUUCACACUUACCCUGGAACCAUCAUCAUUCAGUGCAAUGAGGGCUCAGCUAUUGGCUUUUACUCAGUUAUUGGGUAUAUGGGGCUUCUGGCAGCUGUUAGUUUUGUUUUAGCAUUUUUAGCUCGGACAUUACCGGACAGUUUUAAUGAGGCCAAGUACAUCACUUUCAGCAUGUUGCUCUUCUGCAGUGUUUGGAUCACAAUGAUCCCGGCCUAUCUGAGCACCAAAGGCAAAAACACUGUGUGUGUGGAGAUAUUUGCCAUACUCACCUCAAGUGCUGGACUUUUAUUCUGUAUAUUUCUGUCCAAAAGUUACAUUAUCUUAUUGAGAUGUGAAAUGAAUACAAAAAUGUAUGUAGAUUUUGACCUCGACUUUGCGGACUCUCCCAUCUUCACUUGGGAAUGUUUUGGUGACCAGACCUAA